AUGCCCAGUACAUUCUCUGAGCAGUUCCUGCAUGAGCGUAGAAUUCGCAUCCUUACGGACGAAUGUAGUUCGCAGUUCAUGUCAGUGAAUGCCGGUGUUCCUCAGUGCUCUGUCCUAUCAGUAUCAGUGCGGCGUUUAUUAACGCCUGAUCAACUGUGCUUGUUGUACAAAACGCAAGUGCGGCUCUGCGAAGAAUAUUGCUCGUACCAUUGGGAUGGCUCCACUAAAUACUUGUUGCAGCGGUGCGCUGCCCACAUCAUUGCGAUUGAUCCAACAAAGCAUAUAGAUUAUUAUGUUCAAGACAAUCAACUUGGUGCUCAGUGGCCUCAUGGGAUUGUACCUUAUUAUUUGAGCCUUACAGAUUAUGACCAGCUUGUACAUCGACGCGUACGCAUGGCUAUGAACAACUUGGAAGACGCAUCUUGUAUCAAGUUCAAGGCGCUGCCAAAACCGUCUCACUUCGCACCUUGGAUACAUAUUAACAAUCCUGACAAAAUACGCGAAUGCAUGCACCUGGGCGAGAACAACACUAAUUUAGAGAGAGCAAGUUGGUGCAAUUUUAUAAAUCGGGCCUACGGCAGGGAGGCAAAAGCGCGAGACCACCCUUGGUUCCUAGAUUGUCCCUGCCGCCCUGCACGUUGCCGCCGUUUAGUUUUUGGCUACGAUUGUCUCAAUCGACGUGAGAUUCUGCACUCGUUGAUGCACGCCAUUGGUUUCAAGGACGAAGUGAUGCACCCACAGCGAGAUCAAUACAUCAGGAUCCAAUGGGAGAACAUCAACCCAAAAUACUAUCCAUUGUUCCGUGUUCAAUAUAUGGACUUCGCUCCCAUAAGGACCGAGUAUGAUCCAUCGAGCAUCAUGCAUUUCCACGAUCGUGCUUUUAGCAAGAACGGACAAGCAACAAUCGCACCUUUGUUGCCUGGAUUGGAGAUAGGAUCCACGGGCGAGCUAUCUUCGUUGGAUAAGUUAAAGUUACGCUUGAUAUUUGGUCACGAAUGUAACAAAAGGAGAGUUGGUGAUUUACUUGAUUCGUGUAAAUUAGUCAUGAGCGAUGGUUCUCCAAACAGCAUAAGCAAAAAUGCGACCACUUAUUUAAAUGCACCUGAUGAGCCAGGUGAUGUACAGAAUGAAAACAUUGAUGAACAGAAUAAUAAAAGUACUGAAGUAAAUGAAAAUACUGAGGUAAAUGAUAAUAAUGAAAUAAACAAAAAUACUGAAGUAAAUCAAAAUACUGAAGUAAAUGAUAAUACUGACGAUGAUGAAAAUAUAAGCGGCAAUGAUAAUACUGUUGGUAGUGGUAACACUGGCGUAAACGAUAAUACUAAUGGUAAGGAUAAUACUAGCGUUAAUGACAACGCUAGCGGCAGUGAUAAUUAUGUAGGAAUUGGUAAUACCGGUGUGAUUGAAAAAUCGGACGAUAAUGACAAUACGCGUAGUAAUGAUAAAGCUGACAAUAGUGGCAAAACUGCCGGUAGUAAUAACGAAAGUAACAAUGGAAACAAUGCUUAUGAUAGUAAUGGUCCAAAUAGUAAAAAAGUUUAUGGGACUGAAAAUAAAGGUGAUACAAAUACAGAUAUUAAAAGCGAUUUCAAAAUAGAAACAAGAAGAAAUGUCGGACUACGGAAGCAACAUCGUCGGUUUAACAGAUUUCGAUAUUAAAUAGCGUUGAUUUUUGCAGAAUAUAAUUGUUUUUAUUAAAUUUAGUUGUUAUAAUUUUAAUUUUUAAGCAUGUAACUGCUUGAUAUUUAAAUGUAAAGAAAAUAAAACUAGAAAAUUUUCCAAAGGUCCACGUGGAAUUUUUUCUAGAUAUAUUUUCUUUAAAUUUAAUUGUGUGCUUUACAGUUAUGAAUAUCG